GUGCUAUUCUCCCCGCAAUGAAUCGAUAUACGAAUGACUAAUCGGAGACCAAUGGCAGAAUUCUCCAGCAAUGAAUAUCGAUCUUAGUGACAGAAACGAGUUCUUCUAGAAUGGUGGAGAGGCCACCAAAUUGAAAGUGCACAUAGAUUUCAAAACCUGUGUAUGUGCCGAGGAGCUUCUGCUCGUGAUUCACUCAACGAUACGAUCAUAGCCAUAUAUUCCACUACACUCCCAAGAAAAUGACUGGGAAUAAAAGAACGAAUCCGAGGGAUGUCACCCGUCUCUCUGGUAAACCACUUGCUGAGACACUCGAGCCUUCUUCGGUUUUGGAGAGCACCACAGACGCAUGGGUCACUUCGCAAGACUUGACUGAAUAUGGCCUCUCAUUCAAACCAGAGGUCAUUUUAGAUAUGACUCUGUUUCUUCUGGCCAACCCCAAUAUGAGCUCAAGCCAUCUAUACCGAGCCGAUAUCCUCUUCGAUAGCUUAGGUGUAUUAAAAACGCCACAGCAGAAAGAACAGUCAUUCGCUCAGGCUGGAAACAGCAACCUUGAGACCACCGUGGCUGCUGAUGAGAUCGUGGAACCUAUCGUCCCAAGAGAACUUCCCGGUUUCACUCUGGUUAGGACGGUAGUGAGGAGACUGGUUCCCAGGAAUCCGAACCUAGACCGGGUCAUGGACCAGACCUGCCAUUUCUAUGAGGCGAACAUACCCCCUCAAUGCACAAAUGAGUCUAUAGACGGAGAUGGGCCAUCUAUCAACCGGUCUCUUGUCGUCUACACACCACACAUUACCUCCAAGGAGGACAUGCCCUUCUACCACCCUCUCCUCCGUUCACUAGCCUUUUUAUACGACUUCAAUCCCAACACACCAGAAACUUCCCCAGGUCCUGGCACAAUGUCAAUCCACUUCCUCCUGUUCCCGGACGAACCCAUCCAAAACCGUCUGGAACGCACUCUUCAAGCCCUCCUCACCAUCCAAAUCCGCCUCGCUCGCGGCACCCGCUUAACCGGUAAACCAGAAGGCGGCAGUCAGAACCCAGUGAAAGACAACGUGAUCCCUCAACACCUCGUCCAAAACACUUACACGCGCCUGAAAGCCAAGUACGCCUCCGAGCUCUGCCAGAAAUGGGUCGAAAGCACCGAACCUUCCAAGCACGUCUUUGAGGACCUUUCCAUCACCGCAUUCCUCAUCGAACUCUGGAGAAGCAUGUACGGCGCCGUCCCAGCCGACGAGCAGAACAACGACACCACCACCAACCAGGACCCCCCGAAAUGCCCCUUCCCGGGCUUCGUCGAUGUCGCCUGCGGCAACGGCGUCCUCGUCUACGUCCUACUCAUGGAAGGCUACACAGGCUGGGGCUUCGACGCCCGCCGUCGCAAAACCUGGAGCAUAUUCCCGGAGUCUGUACAAUCCCGCCUCCAUGAAGAAAUCUACAUCCCCCAGCCCUUCGCAACAACCGCUCCCACCCUCCUCGACCAACUAACCAUCAAAUCCCACACCGGCACCUUCCCCAAAGACACCUUCAUCAUUUCCAACCACGCAGACGAACUCACCGUCUGGACUCCCCUCAUGGCCACGCUUCUUUGUCCGGAAUCUCCAUCCCCAUUCAUCGCCAUCCCAUGCUGCUCACAUUCCCUCUCCGGGGCCAGAUUCCGCUAUCCGCCUCCCAAGGCCCCCAAAGCCACCGACAAGAAACAGGGCCCCUGCUCGUCGGCAGAACAUACUGAAUCCGAAAACCCUGCAUCGGGGGAUCUCAAAUCCCUUAGGAAAGAAAAACAGGAUGCGCAGCAAACGGAAGCAGGGUUCCUCAAGUCCAUGUAUGGUUCUUUGACUGCGAAGACGAUGAGCGUGGCUGAGGAAAUCGGGUAUGAUGUGGAAAGGACUCUGUUAAGAAUUCCUAGUACAAGGAAUAUGGCUGUUAUUGGUGGACGGAAGCGGAUAACGCAGGAAUGGAAGGAUAAGAGCCAGGGGGUGGAUGCUGAUGGGGACGGGGAUGGUGAAGCGGUCCUGGAACGGGUGAUGGGUGCUGUGCGGCGUGAAUGUUCGCGCGAGGGAGGCCUCGAGGAGGCCGCGAAGAUUUGGAUUGAAAGGGCCAAGGGGUUGAAUAAGGGGUCCGGAAUGGGGAAGCAAGGUGGUCAUUGAGUUAGUUGAUUUAAAUUUUUAUGCAAGAUACGGAGAGGAUGUGAGAUGAGAUACCCGAAAAGCAGUCGAGUACAUAUGAUAGAUGAUAAAUAGAUACAUGGAGGGGAGGAAAGAUUGAAAUAAGGGUUAGAUAAAAUGAUGUAAAUGUACAUACAUGUGCGCAGGCGUCACAUCUAUCGUCUAUGGACAAAUUACAGAGCCGACUUCGGCUCCCUAGAAACAGACCUAUGAGUGAGAUGGGUGGUAUGCUAGAACUAGAUACAGUCACUCCCUGUAGAUUGGGAGGACAGCACUAGCGGAAAUCAGUCCAAACAAAAGAC